CGUGCGCGGUUGCUUUAUCUGAUCGCAUCAUAAACGAAUACUUUGAAAUGAAUCAACAACAGUCCGUAGUUUCCUGUAUCCCGAAUUCGAGUAGGAUGUCGAAGGCUAAGCGAGUACUUGAAGAAGCUCGGGAAAUCCAAAAUCCCGAGCUGGAUUUAAGUGAUAAAGGCAUUUCAACGUUCGAGGAGAUGCCCGGGAUACUAAAUAUGCUGAAUAUAACCAGGUUGACUUUGAGCCAUAAUAAAAUUAAAGCAAUCCCACCUGGUUUGGCUAAUUUAACAAAUUUGGAGAUAUUAAAUCUAGCUAAUAACCAUUUAGAAGAACUUCCCUUGUCUUUAUCUUCAAUGCCAAAGUUAAGAAUUUUAAAUUUAUCGAUAAAUAAACUUUAUUCCCUUCCCAGAGGGUUUGGUGCUUUUCCAGUUCUUGAAGUUUUAGACUUAACUUAUAAUAAUUUAAGUGAGAAAACAUUGCCAGGAAAUUUCUUUAUGAUUGAGACUUUACGUGCAUUAUAUUUGGGUGAUAAUGACUUUACCGAACUUUCAUCUGACAUAAAAAAUUUAAAAAAUCUUCAAAUCCUUGUUUUGCGCGAAAACGAUUUAAUAUCGCUUCCAAAGGAAAUCGGGGAAUUAAUUCGCCUCCGGGAACUUCACCUCCAAGGAAAUCGUUUGACGAUUCUUCCACCAGAAAUCUCCAAUUUAGAUAUGACCAGUAAUAAGUCGUGCUUUAAGUUUGAAGGAAAUGUUUGGGUCACUCCAAUUGCGGAUCAAUUAAAAUUGGGUGUUAAUCAUUUAAUGGAUUAUCUAAAAAGUGAAACAUACAGAAUUAUGUACAAUCGUUAUACAAGUGAAAGACAUGAAAUUCCACCACCUUGUAUUGAUAAGGAAAAGAAAGUUUCUCGAGUCCAUUAGAAAAAAAGCAACUUUGAAUACAUGGUGCUAAAACUGCCAUUUUCUUUAAUAUUAUUAAAGUAUUAAUUAUAAUUAAUCAAGCUUUGAAUCUAAUAAUUAACCAAAAUGUGCCUUUUAUUUAUUAUUAUGUGCUUUAUUAAAAUAAGAACUUAAAUAAUAAA